GGCAUCAGUAUUCGUACAGUACUUCUAUCAACAACAACAUCCAUCAGAAUGAAGUUCUUCAUUGCAAUCAUGGCUGUGGCGUUCGUCGCUGCGUCCGAGGCCUCGUACCUGCCAUACGCUGACGAUCUGUCCUACCAGAGCUACGGUUAUGGACUUCCUCUCUCGAAGGUGGUCGUCGGCUCGUCGUACGGUCUGCCAGCAGCUGUGGACAAGUACUCCUACCCAUCGUACUACAGUUCCUAUCCGGCCGUGAAGAAGGUGGUCGAAUACCCGUCGGUUGCUCCGGUGCUGGCCACCAAGGUCGUUGAUAACAGCUACGGACUGGGAUACACCAAGGUCGUUGAUAACAGCUACGGUCUGGGAUACAACAAGCUGAUCGCCCCGGUCGUCGCCACAAAGGUCGUUGAUAACAGCUACGGACUGGGAUACACCAAGGUCGUUGAUAACAGCUACGGACUGGGAUACAACAAGCUGGUGUCUCCGGUCCUUGCCAGCGGUUACGGUCUCGGAUACAACAAGCUGGUUUCCGCACCAGUCGUCGCCACCAAAGUCGUCGAUUCUGCUCUGUGGAACUAUGGCGGCUACGGGCUGGGAUACAACAAGUAUCUGCCAACCGCUCCAGUUGCCAAAUACGUUUUCUAAAUGUCAUCCAAUCCGUCCACGCCGUACAUACAAACAAGCAUACAUGCGCGAGUGAAUUGAUUUUCGGCUGCGGCUGCGCUAAUCCCGAGCUCGAUUGUCACCGCUCGCCCAUGUAUGUUCGUUAUUCUCGUUUCGUUCCUUUGUGCGUUCUUUUAUCGAGUGUUUGUUACUUCCUUUCCAUUGAACCCACCCAAUCAAGUCAUCUAAUAAAAAAUGGUCUUUUAAGACACAAUUAA